AUGGCGGCCGUGAGCGCGUCGCGCUGGGUCGGGGCGGCCGCGGGGCGCGGGGCGGGGAACGCGCGGCCGCCGCUGCUGCUGCUGCUCCGCGGGCUCCGCGGCCCGCCCGCCCGCGCCCCGCGCCGCCUCCUGCUGCUCCGAGCCGGGCUCUGCGCCGCGGGGACGAAGCGUGCUGCCGCCGCCGCCGCCUUCCACAGCAGCGCGGCCCGCGCCAAGGAGGACUAUUACCAGGUGCUGGGGGUGCCCCGCACCGCCACGCAGAAGGAGAUCAAGAAGGCCUAUUACCAGUUGGCAAAGAAAUACCACCCUGACACAAACAAGGAUGACCCCAAAGCGAAGGAGAAGUUCUCUCAGCUGGCAGAAGCCUACGAGGUGCUGAGUGACGAGGUGAAGAGGAAGCAGUACGAUGCCUACGGCACGGCGAGCUUCGAGGCGGGCGCGGCGGGGGCCGGCACCGGCGCGGGGCGGCAGUACUGGAGCGGCGGCCCCUCCGUGGAUCCCGAGGAACUCUUCCGCAAGAUCUUCGGGGAGUUUUCGGGGUCCCCUUUCGGCGAUUUUCAGAGCGUCUUCGACCAGCCACAGGAGUAUAUCAUGGAACUGACAUUCACCCAAGCUGCAAAAGGUGUUAACAAGGAGAUUGUGGUGAACAUCCAAGACUCGUGUGAGCGGUGCGAUGGCAAAGGGCACGAACCGGGCACCAAAGUGCAGCGCUGCCACUACUGCAACGGCACAGGCAUGGAGACGAUAAACACGGGCCCCUUCGUGAUGAGAUCCACGUGCCGGCGCUGCGGCGGCCGCGGCUCCAUCAUAACCACGCCCUGCGUCGUGUGUCGGGGAACGGGGCAGACCAAGCAGAAGAAGACAGUGAUGGUUCCUGUGCCAGCUGGAGUUGAGGAUGGGCAGACAGUUCGGAUGCCUGUGGGGAAGAAGGAAAUUUUCAUUACGUUCAGGGUUCAGAAGAGUUCUGUGUUCAGAAGAAAUGGAGCAGAUAUCCACUCGGAUCUCCUGAUCUCAGUGGCACAGGCUGUGCUGGGAGGCACAGCCCGAUGUCAGGGCUUGUACGAGACAAUCAACAUCACAAUACCCCCUGGUAUUCAGCCAGACCAGAGAAUUCGGAUGAGUGGGAAAGGCAUUCCCAAGGUCAACAGUUACGGCUACGGAGACCACUACAUCCACAUAAAGAUAAAAGUCCCUCAGAGGCUGACGGAUCGCCAGCGAGCCUUAAUGAUGAGCUACGCGGAGGACGAGACGGACGUGGACGGCACAGUGAACGGGGUCACGAACACAGCGUCAGGUGAGCGGGGGGAACUCCUGCUCCUUCCUCGGGGGGAAUUCCCGCUCCUUCCUCGAGGAGCUGCUGUGGGAGUGCACGGCGCUUCCCAAGGGCUCCUGGGGAGCAAGGUGAGCCAGGGUCACCUUGAGGUGGUGUGA